AUGAAACUGCCGAAUCUCGUGGCCUAUGCGCUGUGCCUGUCGCUCAGCGCGGCGAAGGUCAUUCCUGAUGACGUCCCGGAUCCGAAUGGCAGUGCCGUGCGGCACCAUCUCAUGGCUCGAUCGGCCAUGAUCACCAUUGAAAAGCGGCAGCGACAAGAUCACGAGUUCCGCCAGAACCUGUCGACAGUCGCUCGACAGGCAGAUGUCAUCGUCCAGGCAAUCCGGCAGGAGGAGAUUGACGACUAUUGGCGGCAGUAUGGCACGUUUGAGCAUCCAGAGGACGAGCGUUUCGCCGGGGAGAUGUUCCCUCUGGCGCGGCCAUACAUCAAUUCCACGAAGCUCUGGAGGAUUGUCAAGCGCAUGCCCAAGGGUGCGCUGCUACAUGCACACUUGUCGGCCAUGCUGCCAUUUGGAGCCAUUCUUGAAACCAUUCUCGCGACCGAAGGCAUGGUCAUUUCCACGUCGCAACCGAUUCUGGAUGAGCAGAGCGCAGAAAAUGCCACGGUCGCUUUUGCCCAUGUCAACACGACCAUAAACACCUCGGCUGAAACGAUCUCCUCGGCCAAUUACGUUCCCAACACCCAGGUUUCGGUCUAA